AUGCCGCCGUUCCGGCAGGUCGGCGAGAAGCAGCUGCCGCAGGAGGUUCUCUUCAUGGCCUGGUCCCCCAAGCGCGACCUCAUCGCGCUGGCCAACCGCGCCGGGGAGUUUGGCAUAAAACAAAUACGAAGUUUUGCAUGUUGGUUGUUAAUAUAUUAUACUUUUCCUUCUCUAGUUUUGGCUUUUGGCCUGAAUGAUACCAAGAGGAUUAUUCUGUGUGAUGUAGAAAAACCUGAAAGUUUGCACUCCUUCUCCGUGGACUCUUCCAUUACCUACAUGCACUGGAUGGAGGUAACUGAGGAAAGCAGUGUUCUCACUUCCUUUUACAACGCCGAGGAUGAGUCGAAUCUCCUUCUGCCUAAAUUACCUGCGCUACCAAAAAAUUAUAGCACCACUGCGAAAAUCUUUAGUGAAGAAAAAUCAGACGAGAUUAUGAAGCUUCUGGGGGAUGUAAGGCUCAAUGCUCUUGUUCUUGGUGGCAGCUCGGGAUUCAUUGAGGUUUAUGCCUACGGAAUGUUCAAAAUUGCUCUCGUCACUGGGGUGCCAGGUUCUUGUCGUGGCUUAUGUUUAUCUAGUGAUUUGAAAUCACUAUCAGUUAUUACAGAGAUACAAGACUCUCCAGACAGUGAAGCAGAGAUGACAUAUUUUCAGCUGGACACCAGUCUCUUAUCAAGUUACUUACCUGAAGUAACUCGAAUGGCUCGAAAAUUUACUCACAUUUCAACUCUUCUACAGUAUAUAAAGUUAUCAUUGACAUGCAUGUGUGAAGCCUGGGAAGAAAUACUGAUGCAGAUGGACUCCCGGCUAACAAAGUUUGUGCAGGAAAAGAAUACAACCACUUCUGUUCAGGAUGAGUUUAUGCAGCUGUUAUUAUGGGGCAAAGCAAGUCUGGAACUUCAGGCAUUAUUAAUGAACCAGCUGACAGUAAAGGGUUUAAAGAAACUUGGUCAGUCCAUAGAGUCUUCGUACUCCAGUAUACAAAAGUUGGUCAUAAGUCACCUACAGAGUGGCUCUGAGGCACUGUUAUACCACUUGAGUGAAUUGAAAGGAAUGGCAUUAUGGAAACAAAAAUAUGAGUCUCUGGGAUUAGAUGCAUCUGGAAUUGAAGAUGCUAUUACUGCUGUUGGUUCUUUCAUCCUGAAAGCAAAUGAGUUGCUUCAGGUUAUUGACAGCAGCAUGAAAAACUUCAAAGCGUUUUUUCGAUGGCUCUAUGUAGCCAUGUUGAGGAUGUCAGAAGAUCACGUGCUUCCUGAGCUGAACAAGAUGACGCAAAAAGAUAUCACAUUUGUUGCUGAUUUCCUUACUGAGCACUUCAAUGAGGCACCGGAGCUCUAUAAUCGUAAAGGAAAAUACUUCAAUGUGGAGAGAGUUGGCCAGUAUUUGAAAGAUGAAGAUGAUGACCUUGUAUCACCACCUAAUACAGAGGGAAAUCAGUGGUUUAACUUUCUUAAGAAUAGUACCCAUCUUAAAGAAAGUCCACUGUUGUUUCCCUAUUACCCUGAGAAGUCGCUACAUUUUGUCAAAAAGCAAAUGGAAGAGAUCAUUGAUCAGUGUUUACAGAAACCAGCUGAUGUAAUUGGAAAGUCAGUGAAUCAAGCAGUCUGCAUGUCUCUCUACAAAACUUCUCAAAGUGAAGAUUCCAUGCCACAGUUAUUUAAACUUCCAUUUCUGUGGAAUGAUAAAACCUCCAAUAUCCAUUAUGUUCUCUUCACCAUGUUAGAAAGCUCUGUUUCCAAAAUAUACAUUUUGAGGAGACACACGGAUACUUCCAGAUCUGUCAAUAAUGGACUUAUUGCUGUAGAGUUUGGAAGCUUCUUGAACAGCAGUAUAAAUGACAGCUCAGACUCAAGGUGCUACAGUUGUUUAGAUGCACAUUUCUAUGAUGAUGAGACAAUAACUGUAGUUCUGAAGGAGAGUGUGGAACAAGAGGGGAAGGAGAGAAUCUUGGCUCAGCUGCCUUUAUCUUCAGUAUACACUGAUGAGGACCAAGAAAAGGAAUUCAUCUGGGAUCCUGCUAAAAGGCUGGAUGAACAAAGUGGUGAGAUAUCCACACGGACAGUGUUUUUGGAGAAUCAAUGGAGAGUGCUGGAGAAUAUGAAAGCUCAGUAUGUUGCUGUAAAUGGCAUUAGAAAAGUUUCCUGUGUGCUAAGUUCAAACCUCCGUCAUGUGAGGGUAUUCGAAAUGGAUGUAGAAGAUGAUGGGGAGGCUGAAGAGGAAGAAGAAGAAGAAACUCCAGUUGCAGCUGGGGAGCCUGAAGAGCUGAAUCAGUCUGCAGGCAGCCAAGACAAUGAGAGUGGUGCUCCUGCUGAAGAACUGCCAGGGGAGACUGAAGAACAGGAAUCAAGCCUGGAUCCUUGACAUGGGCUUUGAUACUGGGAAAGGGACAAAGCUGAAAUCCAACAUCGGGGCACCCACCUGGCGUGUGCUGCACCUGCUCAGCAGCAUCUACGUGCUGUGUGUGUCAGGGCACUGCAGAGAGCUGGGGCUCUCUGUGUGCUACAGUCUGUUUGCUGUGUUUCUUUGGGGGGUGGGAAAGCACAUUACUGAUGUGAUUUCUUCCAGAGUUUUUUAUUUGCUCUUUUGUGUAGGUGGGAAUAAUAGGAAAUAACAGAAGUUUUCCCAGCCAGCCCGUUCAGUCCUGAAUUCUGCUCUUAACAAAAAUGACCUUGUAUGUGAUAAUGACAGUAUCGCGUGUUUUAAGGACCAAGUUAUUUCCCUCUCAGACUGUGUUCUAAUGAAUGAGUGCAAAGACUUCUGGUAGAGCCAAAAUUUAAAUGUGUAUAUUGCCAACAGCAUGCCAGCAGAUCAGUGUAAAACCAGUGAGACACCAAAAUUUAGCAACUGUUAACUACAUUAAAAAUAUUUUGUCUACAUUUGUAUUCACAAUGUUUGUAAUGUUUGUUCAAACUGUGAGGGUUAAUGGUCAGUGCAGCGUUUUUGUGUUUUGUCAAAAAUGUGUGUGUCCCUCAAUGUGCCUUUGGUUCUGUGAGAUUAUUGUUGAAAUUCUGU